GAGUUGCAGAUUCUCAAAUUAGCACACCAGUAUUGGCGGCCUGGGAGUGCUGUGUGGGGCAAGAGGUGGGAUAUUGAGUAUAUUUUAGUUGCGUUUUAAGAAAAAAGUGGGUAAGAGUCGUCGUGGCUCAUGCCUAUCACAGCAAGAAGCCGAAAGAUCGACGCGAGUUCACAAGCUGCGCUACAAACUCCUUGUAUCCAGGCUCACCAUGCCUACAGCUGGUAACAAAAAGAAGGCUCCUACACCUCAGAUUUCUUCUUUGGCAAGCGAAUCAUAUACACAGCUGGAUUUUUUACCUGAUAAACUUAGAGAAAAGCUGCUUCCAUUCCAGAAAGAUGGCAUCAUUUUUGCCCUCAGAAGAGACGGCAGGUGUAUGGUGGCAGACGAAAUGGGGCUAGGGAAGACAAUCCAGGCAAUUGCAGUUGCUUACUUCUACAAAGAGGAGUGGCCUCUGCUGAUAGUCGUCCCUUCAUCUCUGAGGUACCCUUGGACAGAAGAACUAGAAAAAUGGAUCCCAGAACUAGAGCCACAGGAGAUCAAUAUCAUCAUGAACAAAACUGACAUUGGGAGAAUAUCAACCAGCAGAGUGACUGUUCUAGGCUAUGGUCUUCUAACCACAGACGCAGAGACUUUGAUAGGUGCACUGAACAGCCAGAACUUCAGAGUCGUGAUAGUGGACGAAUCACACUACAUGAAGUCCAGAACUGCUGCCCGCAGCAAGAUUCUCCUGCCUCUGGUGCAGAAAGCCAGGCGAGCCAUUCUUCUUACGGGAACCCCAGCUCUGGGAAGGCCUGAGGAGCUUUUCAUGCAGAUUGAGGCUCUCUUCCCACAAAAAUUUGGAACUUGGAUCGAGUAUGCUAAAAGAUACUGCAAUGCACACGUCAGAUACUUUGGUAAAAGGCGUCAGUGGGAUUGUAGAGGGGCAUCAAACCUUGGCGAACUUCACCAGCUGCUAAGUGACGUAAUGAUCAGAAGACUAAAGAGUGAAGUCCUCAGCCAGCUGCCCCCUAAAGUCAGACAACGCAUUCCAUUCGACCUCCCGCCAGCAGCUGUCAAGGAACUGAAUGCCAGCUUUGAAGAAUGGCAAAAACUAAUGAGAGCUCCAAAUUCAGGUGCCGUGGAGACAGUUAUGGGGUUGAUAACGCGCAUGUUUAAACAGACUGCGAUUGCCAAGGCAGGUGCAGUGAAGGACUAUAUUAAGAUGCUGCUCCAGAAUGAGUCACUUAAAUUUCUGGUCUUUGCUCACCAUUUAACUAUGCUCCAAGCUUGCACAGAAGCAGUCAUCGAAAGCAAGGCUCGUUACAUCAGGAUAGAUGGAAGUGUUCCAUCUUCAGAAAGGAUUCACCUGGUUAAUCAGUUUCAGAAGGACCCCGAUACUCAUGUGGCUAUUCUGAGCAUUCAGGCUGCUGGCCAGGGUCUAACGUUUACUGCUGCAAGUCACGUUGUCUUCGCUGAGUUGUACUGGGACCCUGGACAUAUCAAACAAGCUGAAGACCGCGCUCAUCGAAUUGGACAGUGCAGUUCUGUGAAUGUUCACUAUCUUAUUGCAAACGGUACUCUGGACAGCCUAAUGUGGGCGCUGCUGAAUCGAAAGGCUCAAGUCACUGGGAGCACACUGAAUGGCAGGAAGGAGAAACUCCAGGCUACAGAAGAAGACAAGGAAAAGUGGGGUUUUCUGCAGUUUGCUGAAGCAUGGACCCCAAGUGACAGUUGUGAAGAGCUCAGCAAGGAUGCUGUGUUCACUCAUUUUGAAAAAGAAAAGCAACAUGACAUUCGAUCAUUCUUCUUACCAAAAUCGACAAAGAGACAGUUGGAAACAUCCAAGACGUUCAAGGAGAAGACUACAGUGGCCUCAGACCCUAGAGAAGUGACUGCAGAUGACUGCACUGAUGACAGAAAUGGUUCUGAACCUGAAGCUAAAAGAUUGAAGACCCUCAGCAGUGCGCUGGAGGGAAGACCACCCUUGCAAGUCAGAGCCACAUCCGUGGACGGCCCUGAGGUCAAGUCCACACCGGCCUCCCCAUCCCUUCCCGAGAAGGGGUGGCAGUGUGGCUUCUGCACAUUCAUCAAUGACUUAGUCCUUCCUUACUGUGAGAUGUGUGAGAGCCCCCGGGGCCGAGCUGCUGUCCUCAACCGUAUGCAGGAUGGCAAUAAAAAUGGGGAUGGUGAUUCUCAGAAAAACGCCCCCAGAAAUGACCUGGCUAAUUUGGACUGUGUAAAGGAACAUCCUGAACAGUCAGAACCUGAGCAGUCGACUAAUAGCAAGGAAGAAACAUGGAAAGAUGAGAGGAAGGACAGACUGACGUCCCAGGCAGGGAAUGAGCAAAAGAAUGAUUCGGGCACCCUGCCAGCGUGUGAGACCUUUAUGUUUUGUGCAAGUAAAAACACAGACCGGAUCCACCUCUAUACCCAGGAUGGAAAACCGAUGAACUGUAAUUUCAUUCCUUUGGAUAUAAAGUUAGACCUUUGGGAAGACUUGCCAGCAAGGUUUCAGCUAAAACAGAAUCGCUCACAGAUUUUGAGGCUUGUCCGAGAGUGGAAUAGCCUGACAGCCAUGAAGCAGAAGAUGAUCAGGAAAAGUGGGCAGCUGUUCUGCAGCCCAGUCCUGGUCUUAGAAGAGAUCACAAAACAGCAGGCCAAAGAAAGCAGUGCUAAAAGAUAUAUCACUAAAGAAGAUGUUGCCACGGCCUCCAUGAAUAAAGUGAAAAUCGAUGGGGGCCACGUCCGUCUGAUCACCAAGGAGUCCAAGCCACAGGAUUCUUCUAUAAAAAAGCUUGACAGUGCUUGCCUCCCAUUUCCAAAACCCUGCCCUGCUGAUCUUGCUCUUGAGCCGUCGCCAUCUAAAGGCUACAUUCAGGCUGUGGAUAAGGAAGGAAGGCCGCUUUGUCUCCGCUGCCAGCAUCCCACCUGCCAGCCUGAGCAAGGGUCUAGCGCCUGGGACUCACGCUUCUGCUCCCUGGAAUGUCAGGAGGAAUUCUGGAUCCGAUCCAAUAACAGUUACCUGCGAGCCCAGGUGUUUGCAGCAGAACAUGGCGUGUGUCAGCUCUGCGGGCUGAAUGCACAGGAACUCUUUCUGCGAGUGAGAGGCGCCCCUAAAAGUCAGAGGAAGAGUCUUCUAGACGCUGCCUGGGCCGCAGAGCUCCCACUGGAACAGGUAUGGCGCGGGCCUGUCACAGUGGCGCGGUCUGAGCUAAAUGAAAUGCUAAGAAACCCAGGAGAAGGCCACUUCUGGCAGGUGGAUCACAUCAAGCCAGUGUAUGAGGGAGGGGGACAGUGCUCCCUGGACAACCUGCAGACUCUCUGCACCGUGUGCCACAGGGAGAGAACUGCCCAGCAAGCCAAGGAAAGGAGUCAGGCGAGACGACGUUCCCUGGCGAUGAAGCACGGGUCAGACAUCACUCGGUUUCUGGUGAAGAAGUAGCGGGGUAAACAGAGCAAAUGGCCUGCAGGUAGAGGGGCUGACGAGAUGUCUCUUGGUGUUUGUCUCGUAUCUUAAGAGUGAAAAGUGUUUAAACAUCAUCAAGAGCUAGAAUUUAGACUUUGUGCUAAGUGCUCUCAAAAUGAAGCAGCUAGCAGGAACUGAGGAGUGAUGGGAAGCGUUUCUGUGGUCUGCGGACUCCAUGGAGGUUGUCAGUCAUGUUUCGGGAAAACUUUGUUCAGCUUUUGUUUCCCCUUAUACGCCCUCAUCGCUGCACUGUGCAUGUAAUAUGUGAUAAAUAUAUUCCCAAUACCUGGCAGUUGCUUCUUGGUUAGUAUUAGUUCUGGAUUGUGGGGUAUAAAUGGAAAUUCUAGAAAAAUCAGGGGCAUUUUGGAAGAAAGCCAUCAUUACUGUGGAACUCUGGACCAACCACGGCCAGCCUGCCUCCUGGAGAAGAGCUGUGUGUGUUCAGGAUGUUGCCUUCUGGGCCAGCCAUCUUUCUUGAGAAGAUACUUUUGUAAAUAAGCUAAUUGUGACAGUGGCUUCUGUGUACAAUUUGUAUGCUCUGGGCGAUCAUGGGAACAGAGAUAGAACAUAAAAUACAAUGCCACCAAACUCUUAUGGUCUAGUUUUCUGUUUGCUUGCAUGUUACUUUUUUCCAUUUGUUUUGUUUUUAUGUGUAAAACCAGGCUAAUUAUCGAAAGAACCUCUGUCUCCUGGUCUUCAUUGUCUGGUAGUGUUUGCAUCCAGGCACACCUUGGCUCUGCCCCUUGGGAACCUGGCACAGUGCAUCAAGCCCUACGUCCUGCGUCAGGCCUGCCUGCAUGGCAGACAGCACCCUGUCC